GCGUGCCUGCCCGGUCGCUGGAGCCGAUGCGAGCGCCGACUUCAACGCCGCCGGUUCCGUCGGCGACGGCGGGCGCGCCGUGGGCGACGCGCAGUGGGCGCGUGGGCCCGGCCUCUCGGCGAAGUUCUGCGGGGCUGGAGAAAGCAUGGGGAAGGGCAAGCACGCGCGGGCCUUCCUCGCCCGCGCGGUCGAGCGCCGCGCCGGGGGCGCCUUCGUGGGGCCGGGCAGCGGCAGCGGCCGCAGCGAGGUCGAGCUCGGGGGCGCAGGACAGCGGCGGGGCCUCGGGCCCUUCUUAGGCGACUUCGGAAUGCGCGAUCCACCGCUGCUGCCAGCGCCGCCCCUCGGCCGUCGGACCUGCGUGGCCGACCAGACGUUCCGGCGCAUGUAG